UUGACCCAGAUUUUAGCGGGUCGUACGAGGUAAGCCGGCAAGAAGAAGCCACGGUGGUGGACUUUCUGAAAUGGGACACGGCACAGCCUGGAGCUAAAUUAGCCGCGAUGUCCAAUAAGAGUAAGUCCCAGCCGCAGCAUCCGUCGCACGUGAUCAAGUCAGCGGCAGUGGAGCAAGUGCCACCGCGAUAUCAACCACCGCCGCAACCAACCACCGGCAUCCUAAAAAAUCAGCAUCCUCAUUUUGGUAUUGGCUCUUCUGUGUCGACCUCGGUGUCGACCGCUGUUCAAGGUUCAGCUGCGACCUUGAGUCAUCAUCAAACGGCACAACCGCGACCGGUCCCGCAGCAGAAGGAUGCGCAGAGCAAAUACUCGCCCAGGAUAGAGCAUCGACAUCAUCCUCAAGGCAGUAACGCUGUUAUAACAACGGCCCUCCCAAAAACCCAGCCGCACGGCUACCUUCAGGCCAAGGUCGGCCAAGGUCAGUACUUGCCACCUAACGGUCAGUAUCCUCCCACGGUAAACACUGCACAAACGCCACCGAUCAGACAGAGGAUCACCGACGACGAGUUCCUCAGACUCGGACCCGUGGAGAUGCUCAAAUUCGUCCGCAAGACAGAGAGCGAUAUCGCGAGGCUCGCAGCCGAGCAGAACCGACAGAUACAGAGCUUGCUCGGCGAGUUGCGAGCGUUGAAGGAGGCGAACCAAAGAUUAAGCGACGAUAACCAAGAGCUGCGGGAUCUUUGUUGCUUUCUGGACGACGAUCGCCAAAAAGGACGGAAGUUGGCGAGGGAAUGGCAGAGAUUCGGAAGGUAUACUGCGAGCGUUAUGCGCCAGGAAGUCUCCGCCUACCAGAAUAAAUUACGUCAGUUGGAUAACAAGCAGCAAGAGUUAAUCAAGGAUAAUCUAGAGCUGAAGGAGUUGUGUCUUUACCUGGACGAAGAGCGGGGUGGAGGCCAAAGGGACGACGGUGAUGGUUCAAGUUCGAGUACCAAUGCCGAAGAAACUGCUCUCCCAAGACCUAGGCAUGCGUCUACAUUUAAUGAUCAAACGAUGCAGUACGUAAAGAGUUUAGAACAACGAGUCAAGCAAUUGGAGGAAGAUAAAAGUGUCCUACAGGCACGGGCACAAGGAUGGGAAGUACCCCCGGGUGAAAUUUGGGAGAAUCCAAAUAGUCCUGGCGAUAAUCCACAUUUAGGAGGUCGACCGGAAGCAGUGGUACGAGCUCUUCAGGUUCUCGAGGUCAGGGAACAGCUUGAAAGAGAAGGCGGCCACGACGGGGAAAAAGCUUUAGUCAGAGAAAUGUGUAACGUUGUCUGGCGAAAGUUAGAAGAAGGCCCGCAAACGAGGCAUUGAAAAUUGUAUUAUAAGCACGAUUCGUUGAAUCGUAAUGUAAAUCGUU